CGCUGCCAAACACUGGCAUACGUGCUCGUCGGGCCCGCAGAAUACGCUCCAGGCCGUUGAGGCUGCCCACUCCCACGCUUGCCGCCGCGGCAGCAAAGACAGACAGCCAUGGCACCCGCUCCCCCAAGCAAGGAGCUCUCCAGCCUCGAAAGCACGAUAAUCGGAGGCAUCACUGGGAGCAUCGCGGAAGCAGUGGUCAUGCCGGCAUUGGUCAUCAAGACGAGGAUGAUGGCCCAAGGCGCCGACGCGUCGCUCACGAGCUACCGGAGCGCCGCCCAUGCUGCCUCGACCAUGCUCCGCGACGAAGGGUUUGGCGCGUUCUACAAGGGGCUCGGUCUCUCUGUAGUAUUCACUCCGUUAGCGCGCGGUUUGUACAUGACGGGCAUCGAAAUGAGCCAUUCGACCUUCGGCUCCGGCACUUCCGCGACGGAUUUUGCGGCCGGGAUGAGCGCCCAGCUCGUGUCGUCGAUCGCGUACGUGCCCCGCGAUAUUGUGGUGGAGCGCUGCGCCAUCGACGGCCAGAUCGCCAAGCAGGUCGGCUCGACGGCCUCGUCGCUCGCGGCUCUGCGUACAAUUUUCUCGACGGAGGGCGCCAUGGGCUUCUUCCGGGCCUUCGUGCCGCACCAGCUCGUCUGGGUGCCCUUCAACGGCAUCUUCAUGUGGGCCCUGGGCCGGUGCAAGCAGUUCGGAGACGGUGAGCAGACCUACAUAAGGGGCGUCGGGAACACGUUCUGCGCCGCGGCCUUCGCCGCCGCGUGCACGAACCCGAUCGACGUCAUCAAGACGCGGAUGCAGAUCGCCGGCGCGAACACGGAGGUCUUCGCCUACUCAGGACCGGCGGACUGCCUGAAGCAAUUGAUAAGGAAGGAGGGCGUGCGCGCCCUCUUCGCCGGCAUCGGCGGGCGCUUCCUCUACACCGGCCCGGCCUUCGCGAUCUUCUUCCCGACCUACGAUUUGCUGAAGACGGCGUACGUGGCGCUGUGACGCGCGAGGACUCUUGAAUUCGCCGGUCCGGGGAGUUGUGUGUCGUCGCUGCGACCACUGGGGCCACGACGCCAUCGACGCGCGCGCGGCGGCGACCACGCAGAUCUCGUGGCGCAGCUCCACCUGCUCGAGAGCAUUGAUUUGCCCAUAGUUAAC